CUGUUGAUGUGACAAAUGAACAUCAAUAUUAAUAAGAAUUCUGCUUGGAUAACUGAUCAAGAGGGGAGGCUCAAAAACUCCAUGGAAGACCCUCACGAUUUGAAUGAACAAGUAAAGAAAACACACACCGAAUCACAUGUUUCAGAGCCUUCAAACACCAGCAGGUCUAUGGAAAUGCAGGACUUGGCCAGUCCUCAUAACCGAAUAGGCAGCAGUGGUACUCCUGGCUCCAAACUGGAUAAAUCUAGCCUCAGCAGUUCUUCAGUUCCAUCAAAUGGAACAGGUGGCGAGAACAUGACAAUUCUUAAUACUGCAGAUUGGUUGCUAGGUUGCAGCACCCCAUCCUCUGCAACAAUGUCUCUUCUUGCAGUCAAAACAGAGCCAAUGAACAGCAGUGAAGCUGCUACAACAACAGGAGAUGGAACACUUGACACAUAUGCUGGGUCAGUAAUAACAAGUAGUGGGUACAGUCCAAGGUCAGCACAUCAAUAUUCUCCACCAAUAUACCCUUCCAAGCCAUAUCCACACAUUUUGUCGACACCAGCAGCUCAAUCAAUGACAGCCUAUGCGGGACAGACCCAGUAUUCUGGAAUGCAGCAGCCAGCAGUGUACACAGCUUACUCUCAGUCAGGACAGCCCUAUGGUUUAUCCACUUACGAUACCCGAAAUUUGUUGCCUGGCAUCAAGACAGAAAGUGGGCUUUCUCAAACACAGUCCCCUUUACAGACAGGAUGUCUUAGUUACAGCCCAGGGUUCACCACUCCUCAGCCAGGACAAACACCCUAUUCCUACCAGAUGCCAGGUUCCAGUUUUACGCCAUCUUCAGGCAUUUAUGCAAGCAACAAUUCUGUGUCUAAUUCAAAUAACUUCAGUAGUUCUCAACAGGAGUACCCUUCAUACACAGCUUUUGGCCAAAACCAAUAUGCCCAGUACUAUUCAGCAUCAACCUAUGGAGCAUAUAUGACCUCAAACAGCACAGCAGAUGGCACAUCUUCAUCUUCAACCUAUCAACUACAGGAACCUCCUUCUGGACUCAUUGGUCAGGCCACAGAACUUCAUGCAGGAGAGUUUGACACAGUGCAGAGCCCUUCAAUACCAAUCAAAGACCUGGACGACAGAACUUGUAGGAGUUCAGGGUCAAAGUUACGUGGAAGGGGUAGGAAGAAUAAUCCAUCACCCCCACCUGACAGUGACUUGGAGCGAGUAUUUGUUUGGGAUCUUGAUGAAACUAUUAUCAUCUUUCACUCACUCCUUACAGGAUCAUAUGCACAGAAGUAUGGUAAGGAUCCUCCUACGGCUGUAACACUUGGUCUACGCAUGGAAGAAAUGAUUUUUAACCUUGCCGAUACACAUUUAUUUUUUAAUGACUUAGAGGAAUGUGAUCAAGUUCAUAUAGAUGAUGUCUCUUCGGAUGACAACGGACAAGACUUAAGUACUUACAGUUUUGCAACUGAUGGCUUCCAUGCAGCUGCAACAAGUGCAAACCUCUGCCUGGCCACUGGUGUGAGAGGAGGGGUCGACUGGAUGAGGAAACUAGCUUUCCGCUACCGCAGAGUAAAAGAAUUGUAUAGCACAUACAAAAACAAUGUUGGGGGACUUCUCGGACCUGCCAAAAGAGAUGCAUGGCUGCAGUUGCGAGCUGAAGUUGAGGCUCUAACUGAAUCCUGGCUGACAAAUGCACUUAAAUCAUUGUCAAUCAUCAGUUCAAGAAGUAACUGCGUCAACGUAUUGGUAACAACAACACAACUGAUACCAGCACUAGCAAAAGUACUUUUAUACAGCCUAGGGGGAGUAUUUCCUAUUGAAAACAUUUAUAGUGCAACCAAAAUAGGAAAGGAAAGUUGCUUUGAGCGCAUAAUGCAAAGGUUUGGCAGAAAAGUAGUAUAUGUUGUAAUUGGGGAUGGUGUAGAAGAGGAACAGGCAGCAAAAAAGCACAAUAUGCCUUUCUGGAGGAUAUCGAGUCACUCAGAUCUGUUGGCUUUGCAUCAAGCACUGGAACUGGAGUACCUGUAAUUGUAUUAGAACGCUGGAAGUCUUUUUUUUAUAUUUAAAAAACAAAAUACACUGAGUUUUUUUUUUUUUUUUUACCAUGAUUUAGAACUUCUGGCUAACAAGUAUGAACUGUCUUAAGAAGACAAGAACUCUUUCAGUAACGGGAGCUUGGAUGGACAGUAAGAGCCUGUAUAUCAGAUCUGCAUAAGGUCGUACAUCAAUACAUGCAUUUUUUUAAAGCAUAGCUGUGAAGGACGUUGCUGGCACACACCCCAUAAUGAUGAAGCCUUCUGCAAUCUUAGAGUGAACAGUUUUUUAAAUGACAGACUCAUUUGCUGACUACAUAAGACUGCUUCUUCCCUCCUACAGUGUGGUGAUCAACAGCAUUCCUCAAGAUGGAAUACAUUUGCAAUGUUUUAAGCAAACAUUAACCUACCUAUCCCAGCAUCACCUGCAAUAUAAAUCCACUUUGAAUAUGAUGACAAUCAAGUCUAGAAUUAUCAUUUGUGUAAAUGGUUUUAUGGUUACUAGUUUACUGUGGCAACAGCCUCUGGAAAGGGAUGUUGUUGAGUUUGGGAUAUUGUCACUUUUGCAAGUUUGACAAGCAGAAUGUGCAUAAUGAUUUGUUGUGCCUUAAAACGAAAAAAAAAAAGUGUUUGUGUGUUACAUUGUAAUUUUGGUUAAAGAAAAAAAAAAAAAACUUAUGUAGAUAAUUAUUUGUGAUAAUUUUUAACAUGACCAAAUUUCAAGGUUUCAGAUUUGCAGUUCUGCAUUAAAAGCAGGGGGGAAAAAAGCAUCAGUCGGAGCAAAUAGAAAAUAAAGGACCGUUUGUGUUUGAAUGGAUCUUACAUGACUUACAAACUAUUCACUCAAAGCCAUAGAUUUUUUUUUUGUAGUAGUAGUAGUUUCAGUUCAAUACCUCAACAUAUAAAACACUCUUCAUAUAAAAGAAAACUCAGUGGUUACCAAAUAACUCCAAGCAGCACUCUCUAAACAAACAUUUACAGUCUUAAGCAUCUCCUGUUGGUAACAUGGAGUAUCCUGCUUGUGUUUCACAAUUCGCCUUCCCAUUUACUUUUGUUACACAGCACAGCAACCAUUCUGUAUAAACACAGCACACAACACUAUGUACACAAACCAGGCCACAAGACUCUCCUUGAACUAAGUUCAAACAUUGAUUAUUCUGAAGAUGCACAAAAAAAAAAAAAAAUCUGGUGUGAGUGCAGUUGUCCCAUGUUCACCAACAGCAUCCUAAUUUGUGUUAUGUAAUGCAGUCAAUAUUUUAGGACAUUUUAUACAUAUUUAUAGAAAUUCUUAGGGUAUACGAACGGUCUAGAGCCCUCUGAUAGAACUGUUUUAAAGCUAAAACAUUUUAAAUGGUAAAUUAAAGAUAUUUACAGCUGUUGGUCACUGCAGCUCUGCAUUCAAAAUCUGCUGAAGAUUCAAUUAAUUGCUUCUGUUGUUGACUUAUUUAUCAAGGCUUUUCGAGCAUUCUCUCAAACAUGUCGUACAGAUUACCUGCCGAGUAAUUCUCAGAAGUCCCAGACAGUUUUCCAAAUGACAGUAUACUGUAUAUCAGGGGUCUCCAACCCUGGUCCUGGAGAGCCCCUAUCCAGCAGGUUUUAUAGGUGUCUUUACAUCAUCAGCGGCUAAAGAUCUGGAAUCUUGACUAAUUAAGUCAAUAAUUGGUUCAGUUAAGAAACUGAGAGAUUGGGUGAAACGAAAACCAGGAGCCACAGUAUAUACAACCUAAAAGCAUUAUAAUUAGAUUUGUGGUGAGUAGUAAAACAUAUAAAUUAACCAAAUCUGUGUGCUUAAUUAUGGUCCGCUACUUCUGUGGUUGUGAAGAUUAUUUUGAUAUUGGUUUUAGGAUUUGAACCCUCAGAUAGUUUUAUAUUUUAUAGUAGUUUUUGCCAGAGUUCCGAAUCACCUGGCUAUUUUGAAAUUGUAUGACUUAGUUCCAAAAUGAAUGCCCUUCCACAAAGGUACAAUACAUGUGAAUCACUAUGCAUUUGUUCCAGUGCAGAGUGUGAAUGUUACAAAAUGAAAUAAUUAAAUACAGUAAGUGUAUUUAAGUGCUGUUGUGUACACCUACUUUCUGUUGA